GUUAUACUAGCGUGUGUCCUACAAUCUGCCGCUACAGCAUCCGAUGAACUUAAGGUGACUUCGUUCAUCAAGGUAUAACCACUCUGUCUAGAUCCGCUUUCUAAACUUUUCAGCCCAGUCUUUGCCGCGCUUAAUUCGGACCCGAUUUAUUUUCAUAAACCCCUCCAGGUAUAACGGUCUCUGUUAUCACUUUUAGCCGUUAUAUCUUAUUCUAUGUUUUGUGUGAAACGUCUGAUUUUAAAGUUCUCCAAAGUACAGGAAAGCUUGUAAAAAAUGGCUCAAGACGAGUUCUACAACGUUGGACUGUUUCAGGCCUGGGACUAUGUAAUCUUAGCGGGGAUGCUCAGCGUGUCAGCAGGUAUAGGAGUCUUUUACGCAUUUACAGGAGGCCGUCAAAAGACCACCCGUGAAUUUCUGCUUGCCAAUCGCGACAUGAACCCCGUUCCAGUUGCGAUGUCGCUGGUGGCUAGUUUCAUCUCUGCGAUCACCGUACUUGGAACGCCAGCCGAAAUGUAUUUGAAUGGACCGAUGUACUGGCUCUACGGAAUAGCCUUUAUAUUUACUGGAUUGUUGACGUCCCUUUUCUUACCUACGUUUUAUCGGUUAGGAGUGACCAGUGCCAAUGAGUACUUAGAAAAGAGAUUCAACAGGCCAACAAGAUUACUGGGAACUGUUCUCUAUCUUCUACAAAUGGCAUUAUACCUUGGUAUCGUCAUCUAUGCUCCUGCCCUUGCCUUAAACCAAGUGAGCGGUUUGCAUCUGUGGGGAUCCGUUUUGGCGAUAGGAAUUGUCUGUACAUUCUAUACCACUAUCGGUGGAAUGAAAGCUGUACUAUGGACCGAUACAUUUCAAGUGACUGUCAUGAUGGCCGGAUUCCUUGCUGUCAUCAUCGCUGGUUCCAUGAACUUGAAUGGAUUCAGCGAGGCUUGGCGGAUCGCCGGAGAGGGCGGGCGACUUGAUAUUUGGGAUUUCAACCCAGACCCAACUGUACGCCAUACAUUCUGGACAGUUGUUGUCGGAGGAACAUUCUUCUGGGGCACUCUAUAUGCUGUCAACCAGUCACAAGUCCAGAGAUACUUGACGUGUGGAUCGGAAAAGACUGCUCUGCUGUCUCUGUUCAUUGCAAUUGUUGGCAUGAUCAUCGUGGUGACAGCAGCGUGUAUUUCUGGAAUCGUUAUGUAUGCUAAUUUUGCUGAUUGUGACCCACUGACCAUGGGAUAUGUAUCCAAAUCAGAUCAGCUCAUGCCUUAUUUUGUGAUGUACCUGUUCGGCAAGAUGCCUGGAUUACCUGGUCUUUUUACCUCAGCCGUAUUCAGUGCUGCCCUCAGUACAGUGUCAUCUGGAGUGAACUCCCUGGCUGCUGUGGUUGGAGAGGACAUUGUGAAAUCAAUAUGGCCCAACAUGAAAGAAAGAACUUACACAUGGAUAACAAAAGGACUUGCUCUUUUCUUUGGGCUACUAAGCAUUGCGAUGGCCUUUGUUUCUUCACAACUUGGCAGUGUUCUCGGUGCGGCUUUCAGUGUAUUUGGAAUGAUAGGGGGUCCUCUUCUUGGCCUAUACACAUCAGGAAUGCUCUUUCCUUGGAUAAACUCUGCAGGGGCGUUCGUCGGCACCCUGUUUGGAUUGACUUGGUCUCUCUGGAUUGGUAUUGGAGCACAGAUCUACCCGCCCUCAUCGGUGAAACCACCGUUAAGCAUAGAUGGAUGUAAUGUUACCAUGGAAACUAUGACAACAGUUAUGUUCGACAACUUGAUGGAUGCUUCGACAAUGGAACCACCAGUGGAAAGACCAGCCAUAGCCAGUCUAUAUUCCUUGUCAUACGCCUGGUACAGCUGUGCAGCUAUGCUCAUGACCAUCUUCUGGGCAUUCAUUUUCAGCUUUAUAACGGGAGCAAAUGACCCUCGAAACGUAAACCCGAUGGUUAUUAGCCCCAUCGCAGAUCGAAUGUACUGCUGCCUGCCAGAAUCUGUAAAGCGCCCUCUACGGUGCCAUGUUGGAGAACUCUAUGAGGAGGACCCAAAUUAUCAAAUGGAUAAGGUUGCAGGUGAGGAGAUGAAAGUGGCUUAUUCCAACCCAGGCUACAUUGGUCAGAAUUCACCUACUUGUAUUGGCUGCGCUCCAAGUCUAUUCCAUGAUGAGCACCAGACCGACGCAAGCUCGAAAAUAUGACUUCAGCAGAACAAUACCUUGUGCCAUCGCAUGCAUUGACAGAUCCAGGGAUGAAUAUCAUCAGACACAUAUUGUCUAUGUGCUGCUAAAUCAUGUACAUAGGACAUACCACUUAAAGGGGUGGUCCGGGCUGAACAUGUUCAUAGCCUAGUAGAUAGAGUAGAAUUCACUGAGCAAAAUGCCGAAAAUUUCAUCAA